UAUGAAAAGUAGCUACACAGACAAUUGGAAGUUCAGAUGAAGAUAAUGAUGAAGGUAAUUUCUCUCCAGCUAAUUGUGCUUGUCUGUCUGUCUUUUGGGCAGGCAGAUGAUUCCAUCAAACAGCAUCAGGCUGAUGAUCCCAAUGGCAAUUUGGGCAGUUCUUCUUUAUCCGAUGUGUCACAGCUCUCUGCCAUGAGCUCAGCUGUAAAUGUGGCAUUCUCAGCUGCCCUGAGACCUCCAAGCCAGGACAGCGAGGGUUACGGCCACAUCGGGCCCUUCACCGCAGCCACCAACCUUGUCCACAAACAUGUCAUAACCAACAUCGGUAACGCCUACAGCUCCAGUACAGGUUCAUUCACAGCCCCAGUAAAUGGUGUGUACUUCUUCACCUUCACCUCCUAUUCCUGGGCUAAAACAGUCAAUAUUGGGGUGGCCCUUUACAAGAACCAUGAAGAAGUAGCGCUGGUCUAUGAACAUCAGGACAAAGGAGACAACGAGGACUUUGCGUCCAGUGGGAUCACCUUGAAGCUCGUCAAGGGAGACAAGGUUUACCUGGUCUUACCAUCUGGGUUCAUGGUGACCGCUAAUGCUUACAGAAACGUCAGCACCUUCAGUGGCUUCCUGAUCUUCCAAAUGUGAGGAAGAUAUUUCUGAGGGGUUAGGGUUUGAGUAAUGGAGGGAAUGCACCUUAAAUUCCAGAGGUUGUUUUUCUUAAUGUGAAGCAAAAAUAAAACAGUAA